AUGAAGCUCUUAUUGAUCUUUUAUUCCCUAGUCACAACAACUCUCAGCUAUCCCCACUUUCAUAUUGAAAGGGACGCAAGACAGGCCCAAAUAGCCAACUACACAUACGCUGGAGAAUCGGGCCCUCUUCAUUGGCAUUAUGUCGAUCCAGAGAAUAGUUCCAUCUGUGCUACUGGCCGCACCCAAUCGCCUAUUGACAUCUCCUCUGAGGAUAUUGACCACGCCAACCAUGGUUCCCUCCAUCUAAAUAUCCCAUCUACCAACGGCUCCACUCUCGAGAACACAGGAUCCGGCCUUCAAGUAUCAACGAAUGGAUCUCUCACCUUGGAAAAUAGACAAUAUCAAUUAGCCCAACUCAACUUCCACACUCCUAGUGAACACCGCGUGAAUGGAGAGUAUUUUCCCAUGGAAUUGCAUUUUUCCUUUCGAAGACAGCAGGAAACCGCCGUCGUGGGAUUCCUCUUUCAAAUCUCUGAGAAUCAAACCACCUUUCAUCCUUUUGAUAGUAUCUUCAAUCAUGUUGGUGAAGUCACUGAACCAGGAACAUCUACCAUAACCGGAUCGAUAGCCUUCUCUGGCCUAGAAGCUCAUUUCGAUCGGAAUUAUAUUUAUAAUUAUACUGGGUCUCUCACCACACCUCCUUGUACCGAGGAGGUGCAGUGGUUCCUGAGCGAGGUGCCGCUUCCACUUAGCGUUCCGGAUUAUAAUAAUGUGAAGAAAGUGGUGAAGUUCAAUUCGCGAUACACGCAGAAUGAACUUGGGAAUGAUAAUUUGUUGGCGUAA